ACCCUGUGACCUAAUGUCUAACUCAGUGAAACCAACAUUUUAGUGUGCUUCGGACAAAAUAGAUAAUGCGCUAUGUAGCUCAUUCGGAUUUCCGCUGUCCUGUUCAGUCUAAAGUUCAAUGCAGCAAUGUCCGGAGAGAACAACCGCAGGAAAAUGAAUGGUGAAGGAACCAACAUGGAGCAGCCAAGUUUCAUUGACAACAAUGAGCCCAAAAACCUUUAACGUUAACAGUUCUCCCAAGAAUGGACAGUGGAUCACAACAAGCAUUAACUGAAGAAUGGCAAGGUUUAGACGAAAAUCUUGCUGUACAUUUAUUGGUUUGGUGUUGCUCAUAUUCAUAGUAACAGUUGUUUUAAAGUCCUUUACACCAGAAUAUUCUCCAUUUGGAAGCAUCUUUGGUCAGGAAUUGUUCCCUAAUAUCAAAGGACCUGGAAAAAAUGACAUUCAAAUGCUUAGUAAUAUUGACAGUGUCGUCCCUGAAGCACUGAACAACAUGAAUGACGUAGACUCUGAGAGGGUCAAGAACGUAGAAGCUGCCCUCAGGCAAUUCCCUGCUCCAAACUACAAUAUUCAUGCCUUUUACUACACAUGGUAUGGCAACACACAGUUUGAUGGAAAGUACAUUCACUGGGACCACCCUCUUCUGCCACACUGGGAUUCAAAGGUGGCAGCAGGAUACCCAAGAGGGAGACACAGCCCACCAGAUGACAUUGGGGCCAACUUCUAUCCUGCUUUAGGAGCUUAUAGUUCCAGGGACCCCUCUGUUAUUGAAGCUCACAUGAAGCAACUGCGAGCAGGAGCUAUUGGUGUUCUUGCUGUUUCCUGGUAUCCACCUGGCAUGAAGGAUGAAAACGGUGAGCCAACAGAUGACAUUGUGCCUUUGAUACUGGAGGUGGCACAUGCAUAUCAUGUAAAGGUUGCUUUUCACAUUGAACCAUACACAGGAAGAGAUGAAACAAGUAUGUUUAACAAUGUCAAGUACAUCAUAGAGAAAUAUGGUGAGCACCCUGCAUUCUACAGGCACAGAACAAACACUGGCAAGUUUCUUCCUCUGUUCUACGUCUACGAUUCCUAUCUACUCAACUCAGAACAGUGGGCAAAACUCCUUAAACACACCAAAAGCAGUAGCAUUAGAGAUACUCCCUAUGAUGGUAUCUUCAUAGCCCUUCUUGUUGAAGAGAAACACAAGAGGGAUAUCGUCACGGCAGGUUUCGACGGAGUCUACACUUACUUCGCCACCAAUGGGUUUUCCUAUGGCUCCACUCAGCGCAAUUGGGAGUCCAUUAAAACGUUCUGUGAAGACAACAACCUGUUGUUCAUUCCGAGUGUGGGGCCAGGUUAUAUUGACACCAGUAUUAGGCCUUGGAAUUUCCAGAAUACACGCAACCGCAUUAACGGGAAGUACUAUGAAAUGGCCCUGAGUGCAGCCCUAGAAGCUGGUGCCGAUAUUAUAUCGAUAACAUCAUUUAAUGAAUGGCAUGAGGGAACCCAGAUUGAGAUGGCAAUUCCAAAAACAAGCCAGACUGUGUACCUAGACUACUUACCACACAAGCCUGUUGUCUAUUUAGAGGUAACUCGCAAAUGGGCAGCAAUAUUUAGCAAUGAAAGGAAGAGACGGCUAGAAUGAUACGAAAAGCAAGGGCCUAACAUUAAAUCUGACCAGAAAUAGUCUUACACAAUAUGGAUUAUGAAAUUUGACAACAAUAGUGCAUGUGACAGAAACCUAUAUUGACUUUUUAUCCUGUAUGGUAACAUUUAUCAUGGUUUUACAGAUGAACUAAUGAAAGGGCAGCCUUGAAUUGUGUGGUCUUUGUCCUGCUUUAUAUGAUUAUAAUGAUUUGUACUUUAAUCUAUAACUGUUAUAUUUGGGUAGUUUAAACCCCUUCCUGGGCUAAAAAGCACUUUUAAAGGAGGGCCUGAAUUGAAUAUGCUUUUUGUCUCGGAAAUUCUUAACCUGGGUCUGUACAAAACACCACAAUGUGACAGUUCCUACUUCAUUGUACUACUGUAUAUACUGUCUGCUUUAAAAAAAAAAAAAAAAUAUUCUUACCCAUCCAACAAUAGGUGCCUUUUGAGAGGCACUGUAUAACCUCCCUGAUCUUUGUGGUUGAAUCUGUGUUUGAAAUUCACUGCUUGUCUGAGGGACCUUAGAGAUAGUGGUAUGUGUGGGGUACAGAGAUGAGGUAGUCAUUAAAAAAUUGUGUUGAACACUAUUAUUGCACACAGAGUGAGUCCAUGCAACUUAUUACGUGAUUUGUUAUGCACAUUUUUACUCCUGAACUUAUCUAGGCUUGCCAUAACAAAGGGGUUGAAUACUUACUUAUUCACUCAAGACAUUUCAACUUUUCAUUUUUUAUUAAUUUGUAAAAAAUAAAUAAAAUAAAAAACAGUUACACUUUGACAUUAUGUAGGCCAGUGAAGACAGCAUAUCUAUAUAAUCCAUUUUAAAUUCAGGCUGUAACAACAAAAUGUGGUAAAUAUCAAGGGGUGUGAAUACUUUCUGAAGGCACUGUACAUACCAAUGUCUAAGCAGCUUAAGUUUCUGUUAAUUGUUAACCAUAAUGCACGAAUAUAUACAUCCUUAAUUAAAAUAAACAUUUUGUACAUUUA